UACUUUAUCGAACCCGCCGUGUGUCACACGACGUGGGGUUUGGGAAUUCACUUCAUUUUAACGGAGUUGGAAAUGAAGGUGGGUGUUUGGCUUCUGCGGUUUUCGCAGGCUGAUUAGUCACAGGGACCGGUCAGCGCAGAGCCGGUCCCCCUGCAGGGAGCCGCCAAACGGGAACGGUCGCCCAGGUCUCUGGCCACUGUCCCGGAGGGAGAGUGACUCCUGCGCCGGGCAGUUUGAAGGUGCCGCCUGUCAGGCUGACUUGUAGGAGCCAUACAACGGCGUUGAAAUGUCCUGGCGGAGCGGUUGAUCGCAACUUCGACGCGGGUCCGCCGAGUACUCCCAAUGAGGGAGGCUCACGCCGGCAGGAAUUCGAUGUUCAAAUGCAGCCGCUACUGCCGGGAGGGAUGCCGUGUGGUUUAGGUCGCUGAUACGCUUUCCCCUAGGACCAUGUGGAUUGGAGAGAAAGGGGCUGAGCAGGGAGCUGCCCGGGUUACUGCUCUCAGACCGAACUCAUAACGCUGGGCAAGGACUCGCCAUUCACGCCAGUACCGGCUUCUGCCCGGGACCUCCAGCGAGGAAACCAGUGAGAUGAACAUGUGAAACACAGAUUGUUUUCAAGCAGAAGACAGUGGAGUUUCCGACAGUAACAAGACCGGAUGAUACAAAUAUUAAAAUGCAACUUGCUAACAUUGGAUAAACCAAAGUCUGAAUGUACCUACAACUUCAUUCACUCUUAAAAGUCAUCAUUAAUGAACAUGUACCAUGAAGUCUUCCAACUGUUCUCCUUGGUUCGUUGAGCGGAAUGAAGACCAUGUUUCUGUCUUCUCUCUGGAAUCCAGUGUGUUUUGCAGUGAAGAGCACUUGAAUAAAAAUCCUUUAAACACCUUUAUAAUAAACGUCGGCGGCAGCAGAUUCACUCUGUCACAUGAGACUCUGUUGUGCUAUCCUGAAACACGCCUGGGGAAGCUGGCUACGUCUGAACAGGACUCCAUACUGGAUCUAUGCGACGAUGCCAACUUUGUGGACAAUGAAUAUUUCUUUGAUCGGAGUUCACAGACGUUCAAGUACAUUAUACAUUAUUACAAGACUGGAAAGCUGCAUGUAAACGAAGAACUCUGUGCAAUGUCAUUUUUGCAGGAAAUUGAAUACUGGGGAAUAGAUGAACUUAACAUUGACAUUUGCUGCCGAGAAAGAUAUUACAGGCGGAAAGAAAUUAAUGAAGCCUUAGAUAUAAAACGCGAUACGGAAUUGAUUGAGAAUGAAGAGGAAGAUUUCUCCGGAGUGAUUUGUGAAAAACUAAGACAAAAACUGUGGGUCAUAAUGGAAAAACCUGAUUCUUCAAAGCUAGCUAAGACAUUUGGAAUCCUUUCUGUGGCAUUUGUCCUCAUUUCCAUUGCAAAUAUGGCUGUCUUUUCUCUUGAGUAUAACGUACUGGAUCCUCCCUUGUUGAAUGCAGUUGAGUAUAUUUGCAUAACUUGGUUCACUGCAGAGUAUCUACUAAGAUUCUUAUGUGUGAAGAACAAGUGCAGAUUUGUUAAGUGCUUGGUGAAUAUUAUUGACCUCAUUGCUGUGGUCCCGUUUUAUAUCACCAUGCUGGUGGAGCAGCUUUAUGGAGGUUCUACAGAACUGGAAAACGUUGGGAAAAUUGUCCAGAUCCUGAGAUUAAUGAGAUCACUGCGCAUGUUGAAACUUGGAAGACACUCAACAGGUCUGAAAUCUCUAGGAAUGACAAUUGCUCUCUGUUACGAAGAGGUUGGCCUCCUUCUGCUUUUCCUCUCUGUGGGAAUUUCCAUCUUCUCGACGGUGGAGUACGCUGUGGAGCACAGCGUCCCAGGCACAACGUUCUCUAGUGUUCCCUGUGCAUGGUGGUGGGCAACAACCUCCAUGACCACUGUUGGCUAUGGAGAUAUCCGACCUGAAACCACCAGUGGGAAGAUCAUUGCCUUUUUAUGUAUUUUGACUGGUAUCCUGGUCUUGUCACUGCCCAUAGCUAUCAUAAAUGAUAGGUUUUCUAAUUGCUACAUCACCCAGAAGAUGAAAGAGGCAGCCCUUCGACACCAUGACGCUCUGAAGAAGCUCACCAAAAAUUCGGCAUUCGAUUCAGUUGCCAACGUUAACUUGCGAGAUAUUUAUGCUCGCAGUAUUAUGGAAAUGUUACGGAUCAAGAACAGGGAAAGAGCCAGCACCCGAAGCAGUGCUGGAGAUGACAUAUGGUGACCUGCCUGGUUGUGCUUUCUCUUGUCGAUUAAUCUAGUGCAUAACUCCAAAGCUAGUAAAAGCUGCAGUAUUUCAAAACUGCAUGUGGCUACUCAUUACACUGAUGUUAAAAUGGAAUUUUACAUACAUAGUUUUAUUUAUUCUUAAUUUCGGUUCAGGUCUCAGCAAGAAGAUAUACUUCACAAUACCUGUGUGUGUAAUGGUACUGAGCUGAUAGAAACCAGCUAACUCAAUGCCUGUUCACAAGGUCCUGGAUUCUGUUGACAGGUAUGGAAAUAGUUUCUGCUUUUCACAAAACCACUCUUUGCAGGCUAACAUACCUGCUAAUGAAUACUUGAGGAAGUGGCAGUGCCCCUCAGAUUUACAACAUAUAUAUUUUGACCUUUAAAACUGUUCAUCUUUGAAGGUUAGGGUAGCUUAAAUGAAAAUGGCAUGGUUAUUGAGAUGUCUGCCCGUUCAAUUAAAUAGAUCUGUACUAUUUAUUGUGUCUAUUAUUUAUUUUUUUUUAAUAAACAUUGUCAGCAAUGUACUUUGAUGCCUUUGAAUCAAAUAUUUUUAGAAACUAGUAAUUAACAGAAGAGGAUUUUGUAUUAGAUUUUAUAAGCCAGUCCAGAUAACUAAGGUGAAUGCACUACAUGCUAUCUGUCUUUUUCUGUGGUCGCUGAAUUCUAAUGUUAAACCUCGACCAUAUACUGUAAAUAAAUUAUCCAAGAGCUAAUUUCAGCAUGUAAAAGCUCUUUUCAGGUUGGAGCAUGUAUUAGAAUUUGCAAAAUUGAACUAUGUUUAAAGUAUUGGUAGAUUGGCUGUAAAGUUUAUCUGUAACUUCCAGAAGUGUUUUCCAUGAUCUGAAUA